UGAUAAGCUGUGUGAUAUAGGCUCUGAAUUUAUGCUUGACACCACCCAGACCUUGUUUGUUCUUCAGGAGGAUACCCAAGAUGGCUAGCAGAAAAGCUGGGACUCAAAGGAAAGCUGCUGCAAAGCGGGCCCAGAGGGGAUCCUCCAAUGUCUUCUCCAUGUUUGAGCAGUCACAGAUCCAGGAGUUCAAGGAGGCCUUCAGCUGCAUUGACCAGAACCGCGAUGGAAUUAUUGGUAAAUCAGACUUGAGAGAGACUUAUGGGCAACUUGGGAAAAUGAAUGUGAAGGAUGAGGAGCUGGAAGAGAUGCUGAAGGAAGGGAAAGGGCCUAUUAACUUCACAGUCUUCUUAACACUCUUUGGGGAGAAACUGAGUGGUACUGACCCAGAAGACACUAUCCUUGCUGCCUUCAAGCUCUUUGACCCCAACGCAAGCGGUUAUGUGAACAAAGAUGAAUUUAAACAGCUCCUGAUGACACAGGCAGACAAGUUCUCUUCUGAAGAGGUGGAACAAAUGUUUGCUUUAGCUCCCAUAGAUGUGGCUGGAAACAUUGACUACAAAUCCUUAUGUUACAUCAUCACGCAUGGCGAUGAGAAGGAAGACUGAAGAACUGCAGUGAAAUCAUAUGGAUAUGCUGAUGAUGAAAACUGCAGGCUGCCCACCCACUGUAUUGCUAAUAAUUCUUCAAUAAAAGGGAAACUAAGAAAUGA